CGCUGCCGGCUUCCGUAUGAUGUCGUGGCGUUUCACUCUAACCUGAAAUGGAAACAUGCUAGCUUAGCACAGGGAUCAAACGAAAUAAAUAAAAGGUAUUUCUAUACACCAUUGCCGCAACAGCUUUAAACUAUCAAAAUGAGGCGCGCCGGUAUGGGUGAUGGGGCACCCCCAGGAGGGUAUGUUGCAAGUGGAUACAGUGCUCAGGAAACAGAAAAUGAACAUUUGCAAGAUGGAUUAAAGAAAAAGGUAGAAGCUCUGAAACAUCUUUCCAUUGACAUUGGAGCAGAAGUGAAAUAUCAGAAUACAAUGUUGAAAAGUAUGGACUCAGACUUUGACUCCACAGGUGGGUUUCUGCAGGCCACCAUGGGCAGACUGAAGCUGCUUUCUAGAGGCAGCCAGACCAGGAUCUACUGCUACAUGCUGCUGUUCGCCCUCUUCGUCUUCUUCGUUCUCUACUGGGUGAUCAGACUGAGGUGAUGAAACGGCAACAUCCCUACCCCACAAACCAGAAAGUGUGCCAUGCUUCACUGGAGCAGAGAUUCAGGAUGUGUUUCAGAUUUGUUUUAAAAGGCGGACUGGGAUCUCGAAAAAAUAUAUACGGCCCGUUGGCGUAAAUUGAUCUGGCCAAUAUGGAUGUAUGACGUCUCAUAUAGAGUGUCAGAACUUAUAGAUACUGCCAUUCUGGGUAAUUCUUUUAUAGCAAUUACGUAAAACUCUGUUUUGCUUUUGAGACUGAAAAAUAUUGGUUCUUGUUUAUAUUUACUAAUACUGUGUACCUGUUGUCUGUUUAUGUGGGGAAAAAAUCCUAGAGGGAGCUGUAUUCGAUUGAGUGUAAAUCCCUCAGUGUCCAACAGUUUUUCAUCUGUAUCAAAAGUGUAAAUUAUGUAAUUACAAAAAAUAAUAUGCCUGAAAAAGG